GCUUCCUGCAAGCGGCCACUGUACCUUGUGCAAUCUUCUUGUGCGUGGCUUGUGUUUUCAACUUCCCUUUCCCUGUUUUGCACUUUGAUGGAAAUCCGGGGUGGUUUCUUCAGCUGUAAUUUGUGGGAAGACCGGGGCAGCAGCUGGCAGCCCUCCCUCCCCCGGCUCACUGCGGGACAUCUGCCCGGGCCCACAGCUGGCCGGGACCCAACAGAGCGAUGGAGGACGUCCCGCCACAGCGCGGUCCAGUUGACGUGCAGGAGCUGCUCCGCCAGGCGACCCUGAGCCUUGCCCUGCAGCGGGCGGCGGGCAGCCCGGAGCUCAAUGGGUCAGCUGACCCCAUUGAGCAGCUGGAUGAAUUUCUAACCAGUACUAUCCUGAGUGAAACUUUCCCAUUCCAGCAGGAUGUCUCCUCUACAGCCAGAGCUGAAGAUGCUGUCGAUUGCACGGAAUCCACUGCAGAGAGUUUUUAUGAGUGUUUCCCUUUUCAAAUGGACAGGAAUGACAAUCUCAGGCCAAUCAAAGAGGAGAAAGCAGCGAAGGAUCUAUGUAGCCCUCCGACCUGUCAGCCUAAUGGAAAGCAAGACAUCAGUUUCAGCCUUUGGAAGAACAUUGAAUCUUAUAUUUUCCUGAAUCCUGUGGCCAAGUCUGAGAGCAAGGAAGAUCCAUCAGCUGCUCAGAAGGAAGAUGUGAGCCCUGACACUGAGAGGAAUCAAUGUGAUCUCGGCACGUUCAGGCUCCAGCUUUUUGGGGCAAUAUUUGAGGGCAACCUGGAGAGAAUUGAUGGCCUCCUGCAGGAGAUUGAGGAUUCUGGGGGAUGUCUCUCCCACCCAAAGCUGAGAGAACCACACACAGGGCAGACCUGCCUGAUGAAGGCCUUGCUCAGGAUAACCAACAAGGCAGAGGAGCUGUCCCAGGACGACAGGACGGUGGAUAUUGUCAAGAAACUCCUCUCCUUCUCGCAGAAAAGUGGGGACCUGGUUGACCUUGUCAACGCCACCUACACGGACAGGAUUUACCAGGGGCAGACAGCUUUGCACAUUGCGGUGGAACGCAGGCGCUGUGAUCUGGUCCAGCUCCUGGUCCAGAACGGGGCUGCUGUCAACGUGAUGGCCAAGGGGAGCUUCUUCCGCAACAAGAGGAACAGGCAGUGCUCCUUCUACUUUGGUGGUUUCCCGCUGGGUCUGGCUGCCUGCACCAACCAGGCAGACAUCGUGAUCUACCUGAUCGAGCACGGGGCCAAUCCCCGGGCGCAGGACCGGGCCGGCAACACCGUUCUGCACGCCUUGGUGUCCAUUGCCUGCGAGACGGCAGAGACACGCGGCUUCGUGACGGGGAUGUACGACCUGAUCCUGAUCAAGGCCGCUGACCUGGAGCCCCACAGCAACCUGGAGAAGAUCACCAACCGCAAGGGCCUGACUCCACUUCGCCUGGCCGCCCGCACUGGCAAGAUCGAGAUUUUUAAACAUAUUCUGGGCCGGGAAAUAAAACAGCAAAAGUACAAACACCUCUCCAGGAAGUUCACCGAGUGGGAAUAUGGACCAGUGACGUGCUCCCUCUACGACCUGUCAGGUGUGGAUACCAUUGAGGAGCAGUCGGUGCUGCAGACCGUUGUUUACAGCAGCAGAAACAGGAACCGACACGAGAUGCUGUGCGUGGAGCCGAUGAACGAGCUGCUGCAGAAGAAAUGGGAGGAUUUUGGUGCCUACAUGUUCCUCGUCAGCUUCCUCUUUUACCUGUCCUACAUCUUGUGCCUGACCAUCGUGUCUUCCCACAGACCCCUGGGGAAUAAGGGACUGAGUUGCCUGUUCUGGGUUAAAACUCAGAUUUAUAUAAUUCUGGCGGCUGUGUACUUUGUUAUUAAGGAGGGAGCAGAGAUGAUCUACCUCAGGCGCUCCGACCUCCAUUCCGUGCUGGUGGACGGCUCCUUCCACAUCCUCUACUUUGUCCAGUCAGGGCUGGUGAUAAUCUUCACCUCACUGUGCUGGGUGGAUGUCGAAGGUUCCCGGGUCGUGUUGGUGCUGGCCUUGGCCCUUGGCUGGUUCAACGUGUUGUAUUACACACGAGGCUUCAAACUCACAGGAAUUUACUGUGUCAUGAUUAAAAAGAUUAUCUUGCAAGAUAUCCUGAGGUUUCUCUUGGUUUAUGUGGUUUUUAUCGUGGGAUUUGCAGCAGCUCUUGCCUCGCUGAUUGAGGACUGCCCGCCUGGAAUUGAAUGCCCAUUUAAUGGCUUCAGCACAGCUGUCUUGGAGCUCUUCAAGCUCACCAUUGGCCUGGGGGACCUGGGCAUCCAGAAGCACUCAAGGUUCCCUGUUUUCUUCCACACGCUGCUCGUGCUCUAUGUCAUCCUCACCUUCAUCCUCUUGCUCAACAUGCUGAUCGCUCUGAUGGGCGAGACUGUGACCAAGAUUUCCAGUGACAGCGAGAAGAUCUGGAAACUGCAGGCUGAACGAGAUGAAUUGGACAGAUUGGGACAGCCGGAUAGAGGCAACGGUGGAAUCGGAAUAGUCACAGUUUGCAUUUGUGUAGUGCCUGUCACCUCCACAGUCCAGUCAGAGGUGCCCCCUGUGGCAGGAAGCACAGCAAGACCUCACAGUCUGCGAGAUGUUACUGACUCAUCUCCAUACUUCAGUGAAGGUGAUUGCUGGAGAAAUACUGACAACAGGACAGUAAUAACAUCUCGCUCUUCAUCAGAACGGUGGCCCCAAUAUUGUCUCCUCCCUCUGGAAUGGGCACAGACUUGGUUUCAUUUUAGUUCGGAGGAUAGCCCUUUCUACGGCCCAGUAUUGCCUCCUCCCCUCCCCUCCCCUCCCGCAGUGCAGUCUUCCCUUCCAUUACCUCUCCCAUGACUCUUCAUCCGUACCGAAUCUCUCUCAUGGCACAGUACUCCCUCUUCACCACCCCUCCCACUGCACAGCACUCCCUCCUCAUCGCCCCCCCACAGCACAGAAUCCCCUCCCAUGGUGCAGCGCCCCCUCCCGUGCCGUGGAGCCGUCUCCUGGCUGCCCCCUACCUCCACGGUGCGACACUCCCUCUGUACGAGAUGUUCGUGAUCAGUGGUCUGGAUGAAUGUGAUUUAACCUGACCCCCCUUGACCAACUGUCACAUUAAGCAGGUGUACCCGCCUCCACCCCCCACACCUCUAAAUACUCAUCCCUGGAGCUGUCCCUCACCCUGCCUGCCUCCGCUGUUGGUAACCUCGAGCUCCUCGCUCCCUGACAGGCUGUCAGGUAUAAAAAAUUUUACUUCAGAAUAAAAUCUAAAACAA